AUAGUCUUUUUCUGGUGGACAUUAAAGAUGAAAAUCUGGAGAAUCUGGAAACAGGGCUUUGCAACAACCAGGCCAAACGUAUGGAAGAAGCCUUAUCUGCCACUGAAGAUCUCUCUGUUCCAGGCCAAAAGAAUAUUAAAGUGAAGGCUUCGUCGAUGAGUUUCCUUCCUCUGUGCAGAGAUGACAGUGAAUGCUGCCUCCUGGUACUCACUGACCCCCAAGAUAAGAACAAAGUAUUAGCAAUUUAUUUGAACAACUCCUGGCGGCUUCCUGAAGAUGUAAUGAAGACGUCUGAUCCUUUCCGGAAAGGCCUGAAACAGGUUCAAACCUUUCAAGAGAGAAUCGUUCUCUACGUCCUUAACUGCAUCAUUUUUGGCAUGUUGGAGAGGAGCUCGACUGACGAUACAGUCUUCGUUCCGCAUCCUAAGAAGGAAGAUGCCAGAAUAUUCUGGAAGAGUGGAGAAGCGGCGGCUUUUUAUACCAUCAAAAGAAGAGUUUGUCAAAAGUUCUUGGAGACCUACCCAAAGGAGCAGUCUCGGCUGUGGGAAGUGGAAGCACCUGGGGACUGGACCCAGCGUGUUAACAUCUGGCUAAAAAUCCAGCUGGAACAAAGCUUGCCAAAAA